AGGGUGGAAAUUGAGGAGGGUCUGGAGCAGUGACAGCUGGAGCUGUUCAGAUUAAAGGCAAAUUGAGACCGAUUUGGAAAUUAAAUCAAGAACUAGACCCAUAAUAUAGCCAGCAAGGAAAGGGCAGCCCAGUGCCAGCCAGGCAGCCUGCUCUGGUGGGCUUGCUGCACAUCUGAAGGGAAUGCUGCAGCUACUGCUGUUAUCUGAGCUCUUGGAGAGGAGGCUCCUCCUCUUCCUUAACUCUUCCCGAGUUAGGAGAGCUGUGACUGCUCUUGAAUGCUGCUCCAGCGUGCUUGUAUUGCCACCGGCGAUGGGAGCCUCUCCUGCUCAGGAGUUGGCGGUCACAGUGCACUGUUCAGUGGCGGGAUUACAGCUCUGAUGCUGCAAUCUGUUGUGCAUGGUGCAUGUGCCCCCUGCAUCUAAUAACACAGACUCUGUUGUUCUCCCUGCAAGCUUGGAUGCUUUCCCCAUCCCUCACCUGGUGAGGUGGUUCAGCAAGGUAAAGACCACUCAGACAGCCCCCCUCCAGCUGCGGAGAACCUGCGCCAGGUGAGCCCUCAACAUCCCCUUGCCUGCACUGUGGGCUGCAAGAAGUUAAUUAAUAGCUGGAAAAGCAGCUUCCAGAGUUUGCCUAAUUCCACCCACAACAGCUCCUUUCACUCUAUUUUAAACCGGUUCUUACUCUGCUUCAAGUUUUUUAAAAAAACAUUCGCUGCUUCUCUAUAAAACCGGCCAUAAGCCUCGGAGAAAGCGAGGAGUCACAGUUCCAGCACCUCGGCCAAGAAGUUGUAGCUCAGCUGAGAAGUCUGCAGAGCUGGCUCUGGAGUUCCGACCUCCUGGAAUCCUUCUCUUUCAAAGAGGAGCAGCAAGGCUCAGGAUCAGUCCUUUCAGGCAUGGUGAUGAAUGGCGUGAUCCAACAGGAGCCUUCAGACCAGAACAAUACACCCCGUGGGAAUGAAGAAGAAAAGACACACAAAGAGAAGGAUGCAGAAGAAGUGAAAGACUUAACCAUAUGCACCAAUGUCCAGCCACCCCCCUUUGCUGAGAGGAAGAACGUUUUACAGUUACGGCUUCAGCAGAGAAGAACCCGUGAGCAGCUAGCAGACCAGGGCAUCAUGCCACCACUGAAAAGCCCAUCUGCAUUCCAUGAACAAAGGAAAAACCUGGAGAGAGCCAAGACUGAGGAUUACCUAAAGCACAAGAUCAGAAGCAGGCCUGAGCAAUCAGACCUGGUCAAUAUGCACAUUUUACAAGACUCAGCUGCAGAGGGGUCCAUUCAAGCUACUCAGAUGAAGCUGAAAAGAGCUCGACUUGCAGAUGAUCUCAAUGAAAAAAUUGCUCUCAGACCAGGUCCUUUGGAGCUGGUGGAGAAGAAUAUUAUUCCUGUUGACUCAGCUGUGAAAGAGGCAAUAAAAGGUGCCCAGGGGAGUUUCUCUAAAUCAGCUGAUGCUUUUGCCUUUGAAGAAGACAGUAGCAAUGAUGGCCUGUCCCCAGAGCAGGCCAGGAGGGAGGAUUCGCAGGGCUCCACAGAAUCACCAGCAGCCACCAAAAACUCAGAGGCAAUUUCCUCUGCCACAUCAGGGACAACUCAGGAUCAUUCCCGCACCUCUGAAAACAACGUGACUGACCUGACAUCAGUGCAAAACAGCCAGUGUGAAAGCCCAAAGCAGGUGAACGGCCAGCAGAGCCCACCCCUCCCAGUGCCUGCGGUGGUGAAGUCAAAAUCAUCCAGCGAUAGCAAGAACCGCCACAAAAAGCCCAAGGACACCAAGCCAAAGGUGAAGAAGCUGAAGUAUCACCAGUACAUUCCGCCUGACCAGAAAGCAGAGAAGUCUCCUCCGCCCAUGGACUCAGCCUAUGCUAGACUCCUCCAACAGCAGCAGCUCUUCCUGCAGCUACAAAUCCUCAGCCAGCAGCAGCAGCAGCAGCAGCACUUCAGCUACCCUGGAAUCCACCAAGCACAGCAGAAACAACCAAGUGAGCAAAUGGUCAAAAGUUCAAACUCUUCGUCAACUCCAGUCACCAACAUGCCCCUUUCUCCAGUGAAAACCACUUUUUCUGGACAGACCUGUGUUUCUUCUAUCAAACCAGGCCCUCUCCCUUCCAACCUGGAUGAUCUGAAAGUGUCAGAACUGAGGCAGCAGCUCCGAAUAAGAGGUCUCCCCGUAUCUGGUACAAAAACGGCACUGAUGGAACGUCUGCGGCCCUUCCAGGACUGCAGUGGCAGUGUGGUGCCAAACUUCAAUGAAAUAACAACGGUCACCUUUCCAGUCACCCCAACAAACACGCUGUCAAGCUACCAGUCACAGCCCUCGGCCGGCAUGCUAUCCAGCAGCUUCUAUCAGUUUGGCAGCACCAGCUCCUCCCCACCCAUCUCCCCAGCAUCCUCUGACCUUUCCGUCAGUGGCUCUUUACCAGACACAUUCAACGAUGGACCAAUGACUUCUCCACAGUUUGGUCUCCAACCAUCCCCUGUGCAUGGCAGUGCUGAAGAAAGCCUAAUGGGCAGCAUGAAUGGAGGGAGUAUCCAGUUGGAACUGGAAGGGAUCGACACAGAAAAAGACAAGAUGCUGGUGGAAAAGCAGAAGGUUAUCAAUGAACUGACGUGGAAGCUGCAACAAGAGCAGAGACACGUGGAAGAACUGCGGAUGCAACUCCAGAAGCGAAAAAGGAACAAUGGCUUGGAGGAGAAGCAGCCACCCACCCAGCAUUUCUUUGGUGUUCCCAUCAAGCAAGAAAACACAGUAUCCAGCUGUCCAUUCUCAUCAAAACAAACUGCCUUGAAAGCCCAAGCCAACAGCUUGGAUAAAAUAAGUAACUGCGGGACGCCACAGCUGCCUCACAUUGUAAACAGCCUUUGCAUGGAGUCAGCGGGACAGAGCACCAUCACCUCCUCCACGUUUCUAAGCCCACAGUGCUCUCCACAGCAUUCUCCGCUUGGGACUGCAAAGAGCCCACAGCAUAUUAGUCUGCCACCAUCCCCUAACAGCCAUUACCUUCUCUCUGUGUCCCCUGGCUCUCAGGGAGAAGGACGUAGUGUUUCCCCACAGGCCAGCAAUCGACUUCGCCCAGCACCGAUGGCUACGCAGGCAGGUCAAAAGUUUUCUAUUCCAUCCCCAAGUUUUUGUAAGUCAAGCCCAGCCCUCUCGGAGGUAAAGCAGCCUCCAUCCUAUGCGGAUGCAGUGAAGCAGCAGAUGACUCGAAGUCAGCAAAUGGACGAGCUCCUGGAUGUGCUGAUUGAGAGUGGAGAAAUGCCAGCCAUUGCCAAAGAAGAUCGUUCCUGCCUCCAAAAAGUACCUCAGAUAACGGUGUCUUCAGGGAACACCAGCGCUUCACUUCCAAAGGCCUCUGCUCCAUUUGAACAUGUUUCCUCAACCCAACUCUCAUUUGACCACUGCACUGGCAGCAAUGACACUCACCUCGAAGUCUUAUUAAAUUCCCAGAGUCCCCUGGGAAAGGUCAGCGAGAUCCCCCUCCUGAAAAUGGGUGGUGAGGAGUCUCACUUUGAAGGGCUGAUCGAUGGGUUUUCCAGCAAAGUUGCAGAUGAACUUCUGACAUCCCAGGAGAUUCCUCUCUCACCCAUGGAGACCCAGCUGUCACCCUCCUCCGCUGAAGGCUCCGGUUUACAAAUGAGUUUCACUGAAUCGCCCUGGGAAACGAUGGAAUGGCUGGAUCUCACCCCCCCUAGCUCAGCCACUGCCUUUGGCUCUUUCACCACCACCGGGCCCAGCCUCUUCAAUAUAGAUUUCCUAGAUGUCACUGAUCUCAGCUUAAACACCACCAUGGACCUUCACUUGCAGCAGUGGUGAAAGGUGGUGGCAAUACAGAUGGGGAUGUACAGCAAAAGCAGCCGACCACAAGUCCUUUCAUUAAACAACAGAACCAACAGGAAUUGAGUCCUGGCCCAAAGGGCUAAUGUGCCAACCAGUCAGGGGAAACUGGAGUAUUUUUCCCACUACAUAAUUCCUACCCUUUUUCAGUGACUAAGAAUUGUCAGCGCAAUGAGGCUGACCCUUUAUUUUUCACACCUAUGUGGCUAUUGAUGCCUUUUAAAAAUGAGACUUCUCUAAAACAUUUUUUUAUGCUUUUUCAGUUUUAGCAGCCGUUCACAUGAGAACUGGAGUAGCUCGUGACAUACUGUGUGGAAAAGAGACCUCACCUGGGAGGAAGCAUGAAAGCAUCCAGAACAGGGUCCAAGGCAUUGCUACCGAAAGCCGCCUCAUCUCCUUCAAGAAAUACUGCACGGCACGUCUUAGCCAUGGAGAAAGGCCCAGUUUGGUCAGAAGUCUUGUGGGCAGUCAGUGCCAUGCUCUCUGCCCACCACGGUGGCAAAACACACUGCACUGUACAGCCUGGUCCACCUCGGUCUGCUUCCUGUCUUCAUUCCAGUUAGUCAGUGAUCGGAAAUGGUUCUGAAGCCAAGUCCCCAUAGCACAGACAGCUGCUGUCCAGUCAAGGGCGGUGAGUUGUGCCAUGUCAGAGAUGUGCCAGAACUCAUGUGAGCACAUCUCAUAUGGUCGCUUUUAGUGAGUGAAAGCCAAGGCGUGUUCCAUGCUGCACAGUUACAUUUUAUAAGAUAACCUCAAAGAAGCCCAAACCACAGAUGUCCUGAUACCUGACCCCAGCUGCUCAGGUUGCUCAUAGAGCUACUGAAAGAACCUGAUGCACUGACACAGCUGUCGAUUUCCUACUGGUGUGGUACAAAUAUGUCUCCAGCAAGGGACAAGGAGCAUGUUGAAUCAGGAAGUAAACAAACCAAAGCUCUGGAGGGGAUCCCUUGGGCUUUUCUCUGCAGUAUGAGAAAGCUGAGGAUGAACCUCUCCUGGACUUGCAGGGAACCCUGAGGGUGGGGGAGAGCCACAGAAAUUCAAUUGCAAUAAAUAGCCCCUCCUGUAUGUUCCCCAAGAAAUGGAAUGGGUCAAAACAGGUCCUUAAUUAUGGCUGGAGUUUGUGUGACCAUCUGUUUGUGCAGUCUAUGCUCCCUAUGCCAGCCCUCCUCCCUGCUGUCUCUCUCCCCUUCGCUCCUCUCUCCUUCCUUUUGCUGAGGUUACUGCUGCCCCACCAGUUGCUCUGCUCAGAGCAAGGUCAUCCAGAGAAGAGCUGUGAAUCCACAAGGUGAGAGGAGCUUGUUCUUCCCAGUUCAUCAGAGAUGGAUGCUUUGCUGCAGCUCUGGCUGCAGUAGGAAGCCACCCGCCUUUCUCCUCUGAAUCACGGUGCAAUAUUGUUCACCGGGCUGUCCGGUGAGAAAGGGCCAUCUCGUCACCAUUUGGCCUCCACCAAAGAAUCUGAUAGCUAUUGUUUUAGAGAUGCAUCUACUUUUAUAAGAAUUACCUGUCAGCUGUUUUGCAAAAGUAAAUAUUGUUGCUGACAAAGAUUGUUAAAAUAUUUACAGCCUGCGUGUAUUUAAUAUUUGUGUUACUGGAAGGGCAGCACACUGGCCGUGCAGUCAUUUGGGGCAGAGCCCAGUGUGAAGGGACUGUGGGGCAGGGGCACUCCUAUGUGGGUGACUUGCUGAAGGUUUGUUGGAGCCUGAGGAGGAGCCUCUGCAGCCCUCUUUGGCCCCAGUUGAUGAGGUUAUGAUGUUGUUGCAUGUUGUAUAAAGAACAUGUUAGUAGCUUUUUUAAGUCACUAUUUAAGGCACCACUUUUCUAUUGUACAAAUGUUCACCAGACACUGGUAGCUAGAACAAUCACAAGUUGCAAUUUGUUAAAAGAAUUUCUGUUUUUAUAAGUGAGAGAUUUUAGAAACCAUUCCAUGGUGAAUUUUAAUAGCACUUGACUCCAGAGUAGAUUUGCUGCUGCACUGCCUAAAUGUACAGGGCUUUCCAGAUAGUUUUCUCCUCUCGACUGAUGUAUUUCCUUAUUUAAAGUGAUGCUGUCAGCUUAAAACUUGUAAACAGACACGUUUCCUCAGCUAUGUUACCAACACUACCUUCAUUAUUAAAUACCCUCUUGUCUUGUCA